GAAUAGUCUUUUUGCUUUAGUACCUUCAGAAUGCAAGUUCGAGUGGACCCUUCUGCAGCAGCCCAGUGGUAAUGACCAUGGCUCAGUCAGUGACACAAAUAGUCAAACUAUCACUCUAUCUCAUCUGAUGCAGGGAGUCUACAUAUUCAAGGUCAUUGUUGAUGCUCCAAAAGCACAUGGUGAAGCUGUAGGAAAUGUGACUGUUCAUCCACCCAAGAGAAUCAAUCAACCUCCCAAAGCAAUCAUUGUUUCUCCAUCUCAAGAAAUUAAGCUUCCAACCUCGGGGGUCAUUAUUGAUGGCUCAGGAAGCACAGAUGAUGAUGAGAUAGCAUCAUACCACUGGGAGAUGGUAACUGCUCCAUUAGGAUACAAACUCCCUGAUCAAACAGGGCCAACAUUACAGCUCACUGAUCUUAUUCCAGGAACAUAUAGAAUAAUGUUGCGAGUAAAGGAUAAGGAGGGCCUAGAAGGAAAUGCCACAACUGUUGUGAAUGUGAUAAAAGAAACAGACUAUCCACCAACUGCAAAUGCUGGUGGUGAUCAGAUUGUUUACCUCCCUCAGACAGAAAUAAUCUUGUAUGGGAACACCAGCACUGAUGAUCAUGGUAUUGAAGAGUGGGAGUGGACCAAAGGUCCUAAAGAUUCUGGCAAGGCUGUGGACAUGCAGGACACAAGAACUCCAUUCUUGCAUCUAAGUAAUCUGGAGGAAGGGCACUAUCAGUUUAUACUACGUGUUGCUGAUAGCAAUGGGCAGUCUUCUAAUACUUCAGUCUAUGUUUAUGUCCAGAAGCCCAACCUUGCUGCACCAAAAGCAAAUGCCGGGGAAGAUAUACAGAUUGUACUUCCGAACACAACAGUACUUCUAGAUGGAAGCCAUAGUACAGAUGCUACAAUCACAACUCAUUGGCUCUGGAAACAGUUCAGUGGUCCAAAUUCUGCACAUUUUAUGAAGACUGAUGAGAUGAAGGUCAAUGUUACAGGACUAACCAAAGGAAAAUAUAUAUUUGGACUAGCAGCGUGGAAUGGUGAUGAUCCCAGUAAGAAUACUACCGAUAAUAUCACAAUUACAGUAAUACAAGAUAAAAAUGUUCCUCCAAAGGCCAAUGCUGGUGGGGACUUUAGUGUGACCUUGCCAGUGUCUGUUGUGGAAGUUGAUGGCUCAAAGUCGGAUGAUGAUGUUGCAGUUACAAAAUGGCUGUGGGAAAGAGAUGCCACCUCUCUUGCUGCUGGGAAAGUUAUAAAUGGUUCGGACCAUUCUCCUGUUCUCAUGUUCACAGAUUUGGUAGCUGGUGGUUAUGUGUGGAAACUGACGGUGUGGGAUGAACAAGGGGCAUCAAGCUCUGAUACUGUUUCAAUAAUUGUUAAAGAAGGUCCUCAUCACCUGGAUGAAGUUGAGGUGGUGGUUGGAGGAGAUAUUGGGGCAUUGAGUUACUCCCAGUUGACAACACUCCUUCAAAAGUUAGAGUUGUUCUUUCACACAACCGAAAGUGUUGUUACUAUACAUCUCGUCUCCCUCACUGGACUUCCUCACUCAGGUCGUGUGACACUAACAUUUCUGGCUUAUGCUGGUAAAGAGGUUUUGAAGGGACCAGAUGUUGUGUCAAUGCUACGACACAAGGUGAUGUCAGAAUCAUCUGAGUUGUUGGAUCUUCACCUUCUUUCUGUAGAUACAGUUGUUUGUCAGAAUAACUGUUCAGGCCAUGGUGAAUGUAUUCAAGCAACUCGAGAAUGCCGUUGUCGUACUUGGUGGAUGGAGUCCUUUAUUCGACGUCAUAUGGCAGAUGGUAUUCAGAAUUGCGGUAUGUCAGAAAGUGAAGUAACUUGUGUAUUUUAAGUGCUCAAAUGCUGCUUUCUUUUCAGCACAAACUAAUCAGAUAAGCCCUGAUUAGAUAUCAGGACACUUUCUGAUAUCUUAAAAAAAAAAUUGCUGUACAUUUUCAUAUGUACUGUAUGCUCAGAUUUACCCCGUAUUUUUUAUGACCACCUCCAAUUGUCCUAUCUUAUUUUCCUUCUAUUACUUAAUCCUAUUUACAAUAAAGAGAUCGCUCACUUAUUUGGAUAAUGUGAAGUGAACCUGCAUUCAAGUUAUACAGCAAUUCAA